AUGGACAAUUUGGAACUAUAUCAAGCAGCGGUGGAUCCUCAAGCAUACCUGCUGGACACGGCCGGCACUCAAGGAACACCGCAAGCAGACCACUGCAAGUUUUUCACGUCAGACCUAGGUAACGAGAGCCAUAAUGAAUUGUUUAACGUCGUCCACGUGGACGAAAAGUGGAAAUGCCUUCAAGACGUCAACUCCAAGGAAAGUCGCACAUCACCAAGGUGA